AUGAUGUUAUAUAAGUUAGUCGUUCUUGGGGACGGUGGUGUUGGAAAGACGGCCCUUACAAUCCAGGUUAGUAAAGCAGAGCAGCGAAUUUCAACAUUUAGUCAACCUGUGCCUAAACCACUUUGUGGAGAUGGUGAAGGUUUUCUUCUAGUUUAUUCCAUAUCUUCGCGAUCCACAUUCGAACGUGUAGAACGAUUUCAUGAUCAAAUUACGAGGGUAAAAGAUACUGAACCAGUUCCACUUAUGCUUGUUGGUAAUAAGUGUGACAAAAUUACUGAACGAGAGGUCUCACGAGAAGAAGGAAUGAAUAUGGCAAGAAGACUUAAAUGUGAAUUCAUUGAAAGUUCCGCAAAGACAUGCGUAAACGUAGAAAGGGCGUUUUACGGAGUGGUUAAAAUGAUAAGGCAAAACAGAGAGGGCGGAAAAGACAGCAGAAGGAAUAAGAAGAAAGCCAAGUGCGCAAUUUUAUAA